UCUUCUGUUCUAUUAUCUUUCAAAACAGAGACGAAAAAGGAAUGAAUUGGCCCGUAGAGCAGCAAUGAAUCGGCUAUCUACGGAGGUAAUGUCACCAAAGAUAUUCACGGAGAUGUUCACGGAGAUACCCAGCCCCAGUAGACAGAGGAAGAGGAUGGCAGAAUUUUUGCGUAUGCAGUCUCGUCAGAGGGCGCAGUUCGUUCUUAUGCUGAUGUUUGCCUUGUUCCCCACGCCUGAUCGAACUGUUUGGAUGAAAGAAAAAUCAAGCCACUGGUGGGAACAUAUUGUGAAGCGGACUUUUACGGAUGGAGAUUGGAUGGAAAAUUUUUGUAUGAAAAGAGCAACAUUCCAGUUUCUUUGCCAUGAACUUAGACCUUUUCUGGAGAAAAACUCCCACAGAAAAUGUCAUUCAGUAGAACUCAGGGUUGCAGUGACUCUGUGGAUAUGUGGCACUGGUAUGGAAUACAGAAGCAUUGGGCAUUUGUUUGGAAUUGGGAUAUCUUCAGCCUGCACCAUUUUCCAAGAAACUGUGCAGGCCAUAGCCACCCAUCUUUCUCCUAAGUUCAUUCAGAUGCCCACUGGGAGAAGACUACAAAAUAUUGUGGAGGGAUUUGAGGCCAAAUGGGGUGUUCCACAAUGUGCAGGGGCUAUUGAUGGAACACACGUGCCCAUUAUUGCUCCAAGCCAAAACAAGACUGAUUACUACAACAGGAAAUGUUUUUAUUCCAUUGUUAGUCAGGUGAUAUGUGAUCAUGAACUAAGAGUCUUGCAUGUGGUAUCAGGCUGGCCAGGACGAGUGCAAGAUCCACAAGUACUAGCACAGUCAAGCAUCUUUCAAAAGGCAGAAAGUGGGACUUUAUUCCCCCCGUCAAGUCAACUGAUAAAUGGAGUAGAAGUGCCCAUUUUGAUUAUAGGUGACCCUGCCUAUCCCCUCAAACCUUGGCUGUUAAAAGCAUUUUCAGACUUCGAUGUACUUACUCAAGCUCAAAAGAACUUCAACUAUUGCCACACUCGAGGAAGAAUGUGCAUUGAGGGGUGUUUGGGUAGAUGUAAAGGGAAAUGGCAGAUACUUCAACACAGGCUAGAUUUUGAAACUGAAUUUGUGCCAGUGCUCAUCCUGGCAUGCUUAACACUGCAUAAUGUUGUUCUGGUUCACAAUGAAGGCUUUGACCAGGAGUGGAUGGACUUGGUGGAAGAAGAUCGAAAUCAUAACGGAUACCAACCAGGACAUGACAUGAGACAGUAUGAUGCCAAAGCCAUAAGAGAAGCAUAUGUUCAGUAUUUUAACAACAGAUAAUAAGGUGUCUACUUUUGUCCUUCAGUUUUUAGUCUUUAAAAAUGUUGAACCAUUAAGUAUUUUACCUAGUUUCUGCUUUUACAAACACUAUUAUUGAGUAAUUCUUAUUCCGGAGAAUUAAAGAAAUGGACCUUACGGUACAUUAUAUAGUUUAAAUGCAAAUGAGGUCUUAUAAAUACAGUUAACAAAAAAAAAAGAAAUGCAUCUAAAUCUGUUUAGAGUUUUAAUAUUCCUUUUGGGUUGCUUUGUGUAGCAUUUUUGAUACCAAAAACUCAGGUAUUUGUAUUUGCAGUUCACUGGUAUUUAACAGGGACUGGAUGGCAUUGUAUCUUUGAAAUUAAUGUAGAGUUUUGGAGAGUUUGGAUGUGAAUUACUGAAGAACAAAUAGAAAAUUUGGAUUACAUGCACAUGAAAUUGUAAAACUAUUAUUUGAAGGUAG